AUGUUAACUCCAUUUGAAUACGCACUAUUACACAAAGGUUAUGACGUCUCCAUCACGAGUAAACUCGGUGAAGGUGGAUUUGGCGCCAUGUAUGCUGGUGUUCGUCUAAGUGACAAUACACCCAUUGCCUUGAAAUACGUGCUUGUGAAGGAUGUCUCGAGGUGGCACACUUCGAAAGCAUACAACUCUAAGAUACCCAUAGAAAUACACAUGUUAAUGAGAGUUAAAGAGAUGCAUGUAACUAUAAAAUUGUACGAUUGGUUCAAGUUGGGCAAUGGAUACGUUGUAAUUAUGGAAAGAUCUAUAAAGACUAUAUCUUUAUAUAAUUAUUUGAAGACUAACACCUUGAGUCAGAAUCAAGUAAUUCUCCUAUUUAAACGUUUAGUACAAAUUAAUUACGACUGUUGGCUACGCUGUGGACUCGUUCAUUGCGACUUGAAGGAAGAAAAUAAUCUAAUUAAUAAAGAAGACAUGUCUAUAAAAAUUUUAGAUUUCGAUUUUGCUAUACAAUGUUCCAAAAGACAUAGACGAAUGUAUGCCGGCACACCAUUAUACGCACCACCGGAAUGGUUUAGGGACCAAGUCUAUUACCCAGAAGGUACAAUUGUGUGGACUCUGGGUGUUAUACUGCUAAAGUUAUUGUUAAAUCAAAGUCCUUUUAAGUCGACAAAAGACAUUAAGCAUUUCGAAACUUUAGAGAAGAUACCAUUGUUUCUUGCAAGGCAGAAGGAAUUUUCACACAAUGUCGUUCACCUUUUAAAAUCUCUCAUGAAGAAAAGUGUUGAAGAUAGACCCGGUAUGGAUGUAGUAUAUCAUUUAACAAUGCUACUUUGA